UCCACCGACUCAGGCACUCAGUCAGCUCCGGCAACGGCUUUAUCAUGGGCUUCUUCGCCUUCUGCUGCCGGGAAUCGAGCCCCAGCGCAUCCGACACCUCCUCGGAGCUCCACCCGUAUUUUUGGAGUGCAUCAGAUAACAUAUCAGCUUUUAGCGUCGGGAAUCGAGCCCCACUGCACUUUUUGAAGCAGCCCUGCCGGAGAUUGUCUUUUUCCUGUUUUUUGGGUUGUCCCAUUUUCCGAUCCGGCCUAACUAUCUUUUCUCUACCACCUUUUGAUACCAUCACAGAGAACUUAGGCGCGACAGCUGAGGGAAGAGCCAUGGCGUUGAGGUGCAAACAUGUGCUGAUGGGAUCUGUUUCAGAUUUUAAGUCUGGGGUGAAGCAUGGCCUUGGUUGUUACCAUUUCAGAGAAUCUAGGCAUACACAUGGCAUCGGGAAUACAUAUGGAAUCGACGGCAAGUUCGUGGUUGUUGACCGACCAGAGAAGGUAGGAUUAAACUUGAUGAUAAGCCUAAGGAAGAUCCUAAAUUGUACUCCUUGUGGGAUGAUUGCAGCUCUGGGAAAAGACGGGUUGGCACAUAUUGCUGCACCAAAUCCUAAAUUUCCAUGCGACUUGCUUAUG